GCUGCUGCGGCUGGGCCCGCGGCGCCACCGGGCUGGCCAUGGAGCGGCCCCUGACGAGCUCGGCGGAGGCGGAGGAGGAACUCGAGUGGCAAGUGGCGGCCAGCCGCCGGAGGAAGGCCUGGGCCCAGAGCCGCGGGUCCUGGCAGGCGUCGGAGGCCGAGGACCUGUCCACCGAGGCCACCACGCAGGACGAGGACGAGGACGACGACGACGACCUCGACCCCCGCCGCGCCCCCGAGGGCCUCCCCGACGCCAAGCUGCCGCCGCCGGCCGCCGCCGAGCGAGGAAACGUGCCCAAUGAGAAGAUCGCGACAUGGCUCAAGGACUGUCGUACCCCUUUGGGAGCCUCGCUGGAUGAGCAGAGUGGUAGUACUCUCAAGGGUGUGCUUGUGAGAAAUGGAGGAAGUUUUGAAGAUGAUCUGUCAUUGGGAGCUGAAGCCAAUCAACUCCAUGAAUCUGAUGCUCGAAUUGAGAACUGCAGUAAUAUCUUGGCCAAAGAAAGAAGACUACAGUUUCAUCAGAAAGGGAGAAGUAUGAAUUCCACUGGAUCUGGGAAAAGUAGUGGUACAGUCUCAAGUGUUUCAGAAUUAUUGGAACUUUAUGAGGAAGAUCCUGAAGAAAUUCUUUAUAAUCUUGGAUUUGGACGAGAUGAGCCAGAUAUUGCUUCUAAAAUUCCUUCCAGAUUUUUUAAUUCAUCCUCAUUUGCCAGAGGGAUAGAUAUUAAAGUAUUUUUAAGUGCUCAAAUGCAACGAAUGGAAGUAGAGAAUCCAAAUUAUGCUUUAACAAGUCGUUUUCGCCAAAUUGAAGUACUCACUACUGUGGCCAAUGCCUUUUCUUCUUUAUAUUCCCAAGUCUCUGGGACUCCUUUGCAGAGAAUUGGAAGCGUGUCCUCAGUGACCUCCACUAAGGAGACAACAGAAUCUCCUCCACCUUUAACCCGAAGUAACACGGCAAAUCGGUUAAUGAAAACAUUAUCAAAACUAAAUUUAUGUGUUGAUAAAAUAGAGAAAGGAGAUACUACUAGCCCUUCCCCAGCAGCUGAGAAAGGAAAGAUUGUGAAUGUGUCAGUGAUUGAAGACAGUGGCAAUAAAAAUGAUCCAAAGACUCAAAAAAUUAUGAAGAAGAAAGACUCAGCCUCUGUAUUGGCUACAGUUACAGAAGAAGUAUCAGGUAGCUCAGCAUCUGUUAUGGACAAUGUUGACAUUAAUAUAGUUUCUGAUGAAGCAAAUAGUAAUUUGAAUCAAGGAACUGAAAGUGAACAAAGUAAAGCAACUCAAAGUCAUAAAAAUAAACUGGAGGAGGAAUCUGCUAUUAUAGAAUCUGACCUAGGCAGAGGUUUCAAGAUAUCCAGUCACAAUGAGCUGGGAAAUGGCAGUGACUUGAAAAUGGUUCAUAUAUCUAUGCUUGAAAAAGAACCCUGUGGACCACUGACUAACCCAUCCAUAAGAAAUAUAAUGGUACAGCAGAAGGACUCCUUUGAAAUGGAAGAGGUUCAAAGUACAGAGGGAGAAGUUCCUCAUGUUCCAGCCACUUAUCAGCUAGGUCUUAACAAAUCCAAGAGAGAUCAUUUGUUACGUACAGCAAGUCAGCAUUCUGAUAGCAGUGGUUUUGCAGAAGAUUCAACAGACUGUCUCUCCCUCAAUCAUCUGCAGGUUCAUGAGUCCUUGCAAGCCAUGGGUAGUAGUGCUGAUAGUUGUGACAGUGAGACAACAGUCACCUCAUUCGGUCAAGACCUUGUCACACCAACAGUCCAAGAACAGCCUUACUUUAAUGAGUCAGAGGAAGAAUCUCCUACCCCUUUUCAGAAAGGAAGAGAGAAGGCAGCCAAAGUUACUGACAAAAGGUCACAUAGCCAGGAUAUCUCCCAGUGCGAAACUGUUGAGAAUACAGGAAAUAAACAGUCCACCUGUAGUGCAGAGGAUCACGUUACUGAAGUCACUGAAACAAAAGAGCCUUUAUCUCCACCACAGCCUGAGGAGCUGCAGAGAGAAGCUAGUGCUGAAAGUGACAUGGAUAAGGGCAGCGAAUGUGAAUUUGCUCAGUACACCACACACCAUAUUCUUACAUCGUUGGCUUCUAUUGAGUGCAGUGAGAAGAGCUUUAAAACUAGCACUGGCGUUCCUUCUUCCGUGGACAGAGUUAACACAGCUUUGCAAAGAGCUCAAAUGAAGGUUUGCAGUCUGUCUAAUCAAAGAGUAGGGCGUAGCCUCAUAAAAUCAAAAGAUUUGUUAAAACGCAGGUACUUAGCAAAAGCUGGGUAUCCUCUAAGAAGGUCUCAGUCUUUACCAACCACCUUAUUGAGCCCAGUGAGGGUCGUGUCUGCAGUCAAUGUUCGGUUGUCCCCUGGAAAGGAGACCCGAUGUAGUCCACCUUCCUUCACUUACAAGUACACGCCGGAAGAGGAACAGCAACUGGCACAGGAAGUGACAGAGCAUGAUGGUCAACCUGUAGUUAAAUCCUCAAUUUUUAUCUCUUCAUCAUCAUCUGUGAGGAAAGAAGUCUCUCAGAGUGAGGCCCGCCAGAUGGAGGAAUGCCGUCACUCAAGGACUCCUACAUGCUCCCUCUAUACUCCAGCACCUAUCUCUCAGUCCACCUGCUCCCUUCACUCUCUCCACUCGGAGUGGCAGGAAAGGCCCUUCUGUGAGCACACAAGAACUCUGAGCACUCACAGUGUCCCCAACAUAUCAGGCUCCACCUGUAAUGCCUUUUCCCCUUUUGGAUGCCCUUACUCUCAUCGCCAUGCUCCCUACCGACCCUGCCCUGCCAACCCUCCUUCUGCCAUUGAGAUGCAGCUGCGAAGAGUAUUGCAUGAUAUUAGAAACUCACUGCAGAAUCUGUCACAGUACCCUAUGAUGAGAGGAGCUGAUCUUGCUGCUGCUUCUUAUAGUACUCAGAAAUCAUCUGUUCUACCUCUGUAUGAAAAUACUUUUCAGGAGCUUCAGGUAAUGAGGCGAAGCCUAAACUUAUUUAGGACACAGAUGAUGGAUUUAGAGUUAGCAAUGCUGCGACAGCAAACAAUGGUCUAUCAUCAUAUGACUGAAGAGGAAAGGUAUGAAGUUGAUCAGCUCCAGAGUCUGAGAAAUUCAGUUCGAAUGGAGCUUCAGGAGCUGGAGCUGCAGCUGGAAGAGCGCCUGAUGGGGCUGGAGGAGCAGCUGCGGGUGCGCACGCCUUCUCCUUUCCAGUCCUCGACCAUCAUGGGAAUGUGUGGCAGUAGAAGUGCUGAUAACUUGUCAUGCCCUUCUCCAUUGAAUGUAAUGGAACCAGUCACUGAAUUGAUGCGAGAACAAUCAUAUUUGAAGUCUGAAUUGGGCUUAGGACUCGGAGAAAUGGGAUUUGACAUUCCUCCUGGAGAAAGCUCAGAAUCUGUUUUCUCACAAGCUACAUCUGAGUCAUCUUCUGUCUGUUCUAGUCCUUCUCGUGCUAAUAGAAGAACUGGAAUACCUUCUGACUCUCUUGUCAAAUCUAAGACCUGCCUGGUACCACGGAAGAAGGUAUUCCGAGCAUCAGUGGCCCUCACACCAACUGCUCCUUCUAGAACAGGCUCUAUACAGACACCUCCAAAUGUGGAAAGUUCUGAAGAAGCUGGAGCAGCUGAAGAAGCCACAGAAACUAGAGGACGAAAGUCUGAAGUGGAUGAAGAGUAUGGAAAAACCCCAUUAGUGCCAGAUGCUGAGGAAAUGCCUAAAAAUGUAGAACAAGAAGAAUUGCAACAAGUCAUACGGGAGAUUAAAGAGUCCAUUGUUGGUGAAAUUAGGCGGGAAAUUUUAAGUGGACUUUGGGCAGCAGUAUCUUCAAACAAAGCAUCUAAUUCAAAGCAAGAUAGUCAUUAAUUAGAAUUAAUUGGUAAUUUUUUCUGAAUUAUGAUAAUCAACUUACAAUGAUAUACACUGGUGGAGGUAUUUGUGCUUCAGAAGAUAUUUGCUGCUGAGCUGGGCUACUGUACAGUGUACAAUGUUUAUUUUAUGCAUAUCUUAGAAGAACAUAAAAAUUAGGCAUCUUGCCGACUUUCUUUUCUAAGUUUUUGAGAUUAUAGUGGUUUGAGAUACCUAAUAUUUAUUUGUAUUUUCCUAUUGAUUUCCUCUGUAGAAAAUUAAUUGUCAAACUUGAAACCUUCCAAACAUAACCAACUUUAUAAAUAGCUUUUCUUUUAACUAGCUUCUUAAAACACUGACCUCUAUGAGGUAUUUACUGUGCAAUAACUGAUACCUUUUUUUGAGCUUGAAACAACCAAUGAUUUUCCCUCCACUGCUGUUGAUUAGUGUCACUUCCAAGAAGAAAAUUGUAAUGUUGUAAAAAUCGCUCUUAAUUCUUGUGGAGGUUACUAAUAACAGUAGGAUAGAAUUAUAUGAGGUUAUUUCCAACUACUUUAUGUUCUUACACUGUAAGCAUUGUUACUUUACCCAAGAUAAAUGUAAUUUUAUUAUAGCUUAUAUAGUAUUUUUCUUUUGGAAACAUGCCUUUGCUUAUAUUUAAACACUAUGUACUUUAUGCAUAUUCUAGAUUUCUUCCAUAAUAAGGAAAUGUUUCUUUUGUCCUUCAGACUCUAUAGUUGAAUUUGCCAAUACAAUGGGCCUUUGACUUGAAUGGAUGCAAAUUUAAAUUGGUUUAAUUUUUACAAAAUGGAAGUAACUUAGAUUUGUUUUCCUCUUAAGAGAUGGUUUUAAUCUAAUUCCAACCAGUAACAAUGUUUUUAUAAAAGAAAGAUGUUUCCAAUGUAAACAUGUUAAAUAAAUGCAUAAAGUAACAACUAAAUUUUAUUGGAAUUAUACUUUUUAGCAUUUAUAAUCUUCAAUUCUUAUUUCUUUGUGUGAAAUUUUAAUGAAAAGUAGAUGCAAUGUCAGUAAUAUUCUUUGAAAGAAUAUGCAAAAGGUUUAUAAAUGCUUAAAUUAUCACACAAGGGCUGAUUUCUAAAAGAAUAAUAAAAACAAUAAAGUAUUUAUUUUGCCUAA